CUGCUUUUCCCCACCUUGCGUUUCAACCUGACAGACGCAAGCUUUGAACCACCAUUGGUCUUAAGAGACGACAAAAACACCUUACCUCACGGAGCACGAUCAAAAUUGUUGUUGACUCAAUUACCGCGGCUACAGAGUUAUCUGCGUACAGUCGAGAACCACCACCACUGAGGCAAAAAUAGUUCAACUCCUGUUCUCGUUCACCAAGCGACAGGACGAUAUCACCAAACCCCACCAAGUACCACCAUCCGCAGUAGACCAUCCGCAGUAGACCAUCCGCAGUAGACCACCACGACCAUGGAGCAGCAAAUACCUCUUAGCCAUGAGCCCUCCGCCGGAGACACCAACAUGCGGGUGGCAACCUCCCUUCCGCACGAGGUCGUCCAAUGUCUCGAGAACGCGCGCUUCCUCCACCUUGCCACGUGCUCCGACAACAUCCCCCACGUCUCGCUCAUGAACUACACUUACCUGCCUUCCUCGCCCUAUUCGCGCUCUCCCGUCAUCGUCAUGACGACCAAUCCAGCCAGCAAGAAGAUGAACAAUCUCACUAGCAACCACAACGUCUCCUUGCUCGUCCACGACUGGGUCUCGCACCGUCCAACGCCCACCUCCCAAGCGCGCCGCCUCUCCUCCGACGCCGGGUCCUCCCGCUCGCCGAACCGGGAGCCCCACUCGUCCCUCGCCGCCCUGCUCUUCAACCUUAACACGUCAGCCGUGUCCUCCAUCAGCGCCACCAUCAACGGCUCCGCACGCCUGGUCGAGCGUGGCUCGGACGAGGAGAAGUACUACCGGGAUGUGCACCUAGAGAACAACACAUUUGACAACAUCGUCGACACCGGCCUCUUCGGUGCUGGCGCAGACCGCGCCGAGGGCGAGAGCGACACUGCGCAUAGGUUUGCGGCGGGCGAUGAUGUGCGGGUCAUUGUGGUUGGGAUACGGGAUGUCAGGAUUGCGGAUCGGAAAGGGGCGGUAAGAGACUGGGUUAUUGCCGAGCCGGGAGCGGAGCCGGUGGUCAAUGGUGUACGGUGAUGUUUGCAGGUUGUUGCGGUCAUCGAGUUGGGGGUGGUAUCCAGAAACGAAAAUGCAAGAGCAAAGCUCAUCGGCUAACCCUCUUCGCGGUCGAAGAGAGGUAGCCGGUCAACAAUUCUUAGGGAGGGUUUGCUUCGGUGGGAGACGAGGGAAGCGGCGUGAUUUUCGGCCCGGGCCCGGGCGCGAAAUCGGGUCUGACCACCCCUGACUGUUGUGGUCGGUGAGAUAGGGAACUGAACCUUGUAUACUAAUCAAUGACGCUCUGGGCGACUUUGAUACUUGAUCGAGCCGAGAUAAACUUAACAUCUUGUUUUAGAAGUCACCUGUAUGCAGGCAUACAAAACGGAAUUUGAAGCUG